AUGUUGCUCAUCUUGACCAAGAAGACGACCAACGGAGCCCCUCAGCUGCGUACAGCCAUCGCCACUUUCCUCGGAGGGGACGAGGCCGAGGUGCUCAGCAAGGGAGCACAAGAACAGCUUGAGAUCAAAGACCUCGAUGAGACGACGUCGAAGGACGACGUCCUUAAAAAUCUCAAAAGAGUAGCUGGAGAGGAGCAUGGAGGCACCCACACUGCCUCAAUGACACUCGCAGCAACAGCGGCGAAAAAGAUCCCGGGGAAGCACGGCAAAAUCAAGAUAGGCUGGGGCAAUUGCCGUAUCAGGAGAGUGGAGAGACCGAUAAAGUGUUUCAAGGGCUCAUACUACGGAGAUCUCGCCACGAAGUGCACGAGUACAGUCGACCGGUCCAAACUCUGUGCCAAAUGCUCAGCGACUGGUCACAAGGCUUCGGACUGUAAGGAGAAGCCCCGAUGCGCCUUGUGUACCGAGAAAGCCAACUCGGACAAUUGCACCCACACUUCAGAGGAUCCUCAACAAAUGACGAUGAAGAUACUCCAACUCAAUCUCAAUCAUUGUGAGGAUGCACAUGACCUGCUUAUGCAGAUGAUGCGAGAGUUGAAUCUUGACUUUACCAUGAUCUCGGAACCGUAUCGAUAUGUCGGCACUCAAUUCUGGAUUACUGACGCCAGCAGGAAAGCUGUAAUCUGGGCUUGUGGAAUGCGUCCACUCCAGAGCACUACGAGCGAUGGUUUACAUGAUGGCUUCGUCAAGGCUAAGUUCGAUGGUAUUCAUUUAUACAGCUGCUACGCCCCACCGGGCCUUUCCAUUGAAGAAUUCAUGGACUCCCUAGACAGACUGACUGAGGAUGUAAAGAAGCACUUUCCUGUGGCAAUAGCCGGGGACUUCAACGCCUGGGCAGUCGACUGGGGUAGUAAGGAAACGAACACCAGAGGGCAAGCUGUACUGAAAACCAUGUCAGCGUUGGAUGUUGUUCUGAUGAACAGCGGCGAUGAACCCACUUUUAAAAGGGGAGAGGCGACCUCGAUUGUGGACAUUACAUUCGUGAGCAGCACCCUUGCAAAGGGGAUCUGCUCAUGGAGAGUAGUUGAUGUCUACACAGCAAGCGAUCACCGUGCGAUACUCUGGGAGGCACGUACUCGCCAGAGAGUCACCAUGACGCCUAGGAAGACCAACUGCAUUGGCUGGAGAGUGAGCAGUUUCGAUCCUAGCUCUUAUUCGAUAGCACUGAACGAACGCCCGAUCAGUGGCAGCAAUGCUACUAAAAAGGCAGAUAACAUCAUGAAGAGACUGACGGAAGCCUGCGAUGCCACAAUGUCCAUGAAGCAUACCACAAAUCUACAUCCGGUGUAUUGGUGGAAUGACAUGGUCGCUGUUCGACGGAAAGAGUGUAACACAGCCAGAAGAUUCGCCCAUCGUGGCCGUAAGAAGCCAAACUUUGAGGACCUGGAAAUGCGUUAUAAGAAGGCACGCCGGAAGCUCAGCAAAGCGAUCAAAAGCAGUAAGAAGCAAUCCUGGAGUGAGCUCCUUAAUAAGGUGGAAAGGGAUCCAUGGGGGAGACCGUAUAAGGUGGAGAUGAUGUGA